AAAUUUCGAAACUCCGACCAUCUGAGAGGCACGUGAACGCAAACCCUGUGUGACGCUUAACCAUCCGGAAGUAGAGUACACAACUACUGCGGACAUCGUGUUCCUUUUCCAUUUCUCCUCUCAUUUCUGCAUCGUCUUCACUGAUGUAGUUCACCACCUGAGACAUAAACAUGUCUACUGAGAAGUGCUUCGCAAAAGGUAAGAUACUUUUUUAAAGGCUAACAGAGAAAACACAGCUAGCAGACUAAACCCACGACCAGCACAAAUAUCACUCAUAUUAAGUUAAUUUUACACCAGAAGUUUAAAUGUAUUUUAUUUCUUUUAAGUUCAUGCAAAUCUUGAGGUAAAGUAGGAGUAGAAGUUCAAAACAAUACUAAUAUCUUUAUUUUUAUAGCACUUAUAAACCCAGACAGUUUAAGAACCCUACAACAUAAAAUGAGACCAUGAGGAGCAAAAUAAAAACAUAAAAUAGGCAAGAAGAAUAAAUGUAAUAAAAAAGGGGGUAGAAAGCAGGAAACAGGAUAUUAAAUAUAAAAAGACGAUAUUUAUAAUAAUAAAAUAAGUAAAACAAAGGCUAAAAGGACAUGAAGUAUAAUUAAGAUAGAGGUAAAAGAGAUAAAGGAAAAAAGAGAAAGGGCAGCAUCACAUAAAAGAAAGUCUGUAAAAGUGAGUUUUUAAAUUUAAAUAAUACAAUUUAGGUGUUUUAUCUAGAGCCGUUAUUUACUAGCUGUGAGGGAACUGAUUGAGAUAAUACAUUUGCACUGUAGACACUGUAAUUUGCAAAGUCAUUGUGGCUUUGCAUUCUCAAACUUCCUUUGUCCUCCUUACAGAGGUGACAAAGGAAACGAAAGCGCAUAAAAAUCAAAAGAUAAAACCCGUCUAACUAGUAGUCCAGUUGUACUCAUGAAAUAUAAACAAAGUACAUGAAUCAUUCUGAGUAUGAAACUGUUUCAAAAGAUAUAUUGUAGGUAGUUGCAUAGAGAUAAUUGAACGAUAAGGUAUCUGCCAGAUUCUCUGAAGUUGACAAUGACUGGAUAGUUACUCAGUGCUUACUAGCAUUAAAAAGCAGGUAUAAAAGAUCAUGUAUUUCUUACAUUUUUAGGGAGUGGGCCUAUUAAACUGACAUUUGUUAUGAGCCCUUUAUACAGCCUGCUGGGGACAAUAGUGACAAUGCUUUUUAAGGCUGGGCUGUUUAAACAGGUGAGACAAACCCAUAGACUGUGUAAUGAUGGUCAAACCCAGCAAUAUACAAGCAUUUAUAAUGGCCUGAUUGCAUAACCUAAUCACUCUCUGAGUUGUUCUUUCUCAGCCAAUGCAUCUGUAUGAUCAGUACGGAGAAGUAAAACACUCAGAAAUCGCUGACCUGUAAGCUGUCUGUUUGUUGGUUAAGUCUAAAGAACGAGCGCUUCAAUCAUGUGAGGUAUUGUGCAGUAAUAGCGGCCUUUGUGUUCGUUGCAGUUGAGUGAAAAAAAACAGCCUGUCUGCAAUUUAUGCAACAGUCUCCGGGGUAGCAAAAGAAAACGUGAUUAUUUGCUUGUUAAAAAGGAAAAAAGAGGAGGCGUGGUACUAUUCUGUUCAUGAUAAUGUUGUAGAUAUUGCACACCCCCGUGACACUGGUCUGCUUUAUAAAGAUUCAUAUUAUUUUGAAUUUUUAAAUGACCUUUUUAUUUGAUCUUAUUCUGUCUUCCUCCAUUUCAUUGACUGAAGAAGCUAAAUCAUUACUGACUUUAGUACUUUUGCAUUAAUAAGCCAAGACUAGUUGCUUGUAUGCUUGUAUUUGUGUAAUCUACUUUGUUAAAAAGCCUUUUUCUGAUUACACUAAUUUGUAAACUAUAACAUGAAAAUCAUUGAGCUUAUGACGGAGAAGCUCUUAUCUGCCUCUGGAGUUAUAAAAGUAUUACUGCAGGUAACAUUGUGUUUAUAGGGUCAUAAUCUCAAUCAUGAAAGUUAUUACUUUCACUUACCUAACCAGAGGUGGGAAUUCCUCCAGGCUGGGUUAACUAACAACAAAGGAGAUCAGUGUGGAUUAGUGUGGUCUGCCCUUUUUGUUCACUGAGAGGGUACACAAAGCUGAUAUCACUUUUUCCCAUGAAUUGACAAAACACACACACAAAAAAUAUUUCCAAAUCCAUUACUCCUGCACAUUAAAACUAAACACACACGGUUAUCUCAGCUAGUAAUUUUCUUGAAGGGGAUUUUUUAACACAUAAUGAAAAAGACAAAUACAUUUGGUCAUGCUAUAAAUCUCAAAACAUGGCUGGUAUUUAUACUUGUCUAUAACUUGCCUUGCUGUUAUUAUUAAUUCAUUACAAUGGAUGCACUUUAAACGAUUAAACUAAUUAUUAUGAAACAAAUGCAGCAGUCAAGUGCACUUUCUCUAGUGUUUUCAUGUUCAAAUAGAAAAGCAAAAUAUACUCAUAUCUCAAAAAAUUGUCUGAGUUAAUACAACAGAAAUCAUGUGUUAAAUAAAAAUCUACAUGUUUGCUCUGUUGCACCUGCUCCAUGAUUAUUUCAUUUCUUUCAGGCAGCGCUGAACCUGGUCCAGUCCCCAAGGACCAGAUCAGACUUUACAGCAUGAGAUUCUGCCCCUUUGCUCACAGGGCCAGACUGGUGCUGAGUGCCAAGGGGAUCAAGUAAAGACACAUUUCAUUUUUGAACCGUAACCAUUACUGAUAGAAUCUGUUUUAUUACUUUUUUUAAAAAUCUGGUCGAUCUGUUCCUUUCAGGCAUGUCAUCGUCAAUAUCAAUCUGAGAGAUAAACCUGACUGGUACUUCGAGAAGAACCCUCUUGGGUUUGUCCCGACUCUGGAGACCCCUGCUGGUGAAGUGAUAUAUGAGUCUCCCAUCACCUGCGAGUACUUGGAUGAAGCUUACCCUGAGAAGAAGCUGCUUCCGCUCACUCCUUUUGGGAAAGCUCAGCAGAAGAUGAUGAUGGAGAAUUUUUCCAAGGUUAAGCACUGGCAUUGAAAUAAUGCUUUUUUUUUGUUUGUAUACUUGUCAGCUAUUUGGGAGAGUAAUCAAAUAAUCACUUGAAUGACACUGUUUUCUACAGGUUAUGCCAUACUUCUACAAGAUCCCAACAGGGAGGAAGAAGGGCGAGGAUGUUUCAGAGCUGGAAGCUGAACUAGUAGAGAAGUUUGCCAAGUUAGAUGAGGUAGGCUGUGGAAAAAAAUGCUCACAAUUGACCCCAGAAAUGAACUUAUAUGACUGCAGUUGGCUAUAAAAUGUAAUAAAUGAUCACAUAUAAUAAGUUUACAGUCCAUUGAAAUCCAUUUACAUUGCUAGUUUAAAGACUGAUGGAUACAUAUUUAUAUUGUAGGACCUUGCUAAGAAGAAGACUAAGUUCUUUGGAGGAGAUUCCAUCACAAUGAUUGACUACAUGAUGUGGCCGUGGUUCGAGAGGCUCGAGAUCUUUGAGCUGAAACAGUAAGUCUUGAUCUCUGAGUAAAUCCACUUUAUUUAUGAAAGCUUGAGAUGAUUCAAAGUUGGCAUCUCACAGCAGGUAAUCCUACUCACCUGUCUUUCACAUGAACUUACCUGUUAUUUCUCUGUCCAGCUGCCUUGACGGCACACCUAAACUGAAGCAGUGGAGUGAAUGCAUGAUGGAGGAUCCAGCUGUGAAAGCCACCACGCAUAGCAUGGACACCUACAAGGCCUAUUACAACAGCUACAUGGACGGGAAACCGAACUUUGACCAGGGCCUGUAGGAAAAAUUGUUGUCUGAACAAUUGUCUGUUUUGUUUUACGUUUGGUGUUUUCAGUUAUUUCUAAUAAAGCCUGGCAUAUUGAGUUUACCAGUCAGGUACAGACAGUGGUUCCGUUUUCUUUGUUUAUCCAGGUUUGCUUUAUCAGGUACUAAGUGAUCCCAUUAAUAAGCUUUUGACGUGCUGCUCAACUCUUCUUCUGCCUAAAAUGUAGCAAUAGCAUAAGGCUUACCUCAAUCCAGAGGAACAGAAUGUCUAAAUAGAGAGUUGAAGUGUUUCAGCAAAUAUUACAGCAAAAACUGCACUUUUUACAGCAGUAAAGAAAAGAAUGGGAUACUGGUAGAAAUUUUUAAGGGCAGAUUUUAAGUUAUAAUAUGAACGUAUUGUACUUAACAUUUUCCUUUUUAAGUUUUAACACAAUUGCACCAUUGGAGAGCUCUCAGACUUGAGUAACUGACAGUGCUAUUGCUGCUCUAAAGAAACUGGUUUUGUUCCUUUAGCUCAGAAUCAUUAUUUUCAGGUAAAGAAUAAGACAAAACAUCUUUUAGAGGUGUGUUAUCCAAAACUCUGAGCACUGAAUACCACUAGUGAUCAUCUUGAUGACAUUCAAAACUACUGACUGCUGAUCCAUUAGUUUGCUCUGUAUUACAGACCGGUUAAAAAUGUAUACUAUAUUUUUCGUACCAUAUGGCGCACUUAAAAUCCUUUUGGCUUGUCGGAGCACUGCAGCUACCGUAGCCUCACAGAGUUAUUGAAUGAUUUAAAUAAAGUUUGACUUAUCUGACUGUUUUGUUUGGCUUAAUGCGCUUUAUAAUCCGGUGCGCCUUAUGCGUGAAAAUAGACGUGAGUGGACGCGUUCAUUGAUGGUGCGCCUUCAAAUAAGGUGCGCCUUAUGGGGGAAAAAUACGGUGUGUAUGUUGAAACAAAUACUGCUGUGAGUAAACAUUGUUUUUAUUGGACAAUCAAGACAUAAAUAUAACCUCAUUCUACUUCUUUUUAUCCAUUCCAAUAUUUGACAUUUUUGAUAGAUGUUUUAAAUAUCUUGUCAUAAUCUGAUUUUUCUGUCUGUGUUACAAUAAACAAGCAGAAGAAACAUCA